GACCAGCAUUCUCAACAAACCACCUCAACCUCGCGUGAGGUUGUGUUGUAUUUGGGCUACCCAGACACAGCAACACUCGAGGCGACUACUUCAGUCCAAACAAGUUGGACAGGUCCUCCCAACAGCUGUGUGUGUGUGUCGUGAGUGUGACUGAGCGUAGAUGACGAAUCCCGGGGUUUGCCCGAGUGAGGUGGAUCCCUUAAAGGGGGAGGAAGGGGAUCUAGGUGGCAGUGGCGUUGGAGCUCCCACCUCCCCCUCCAAGAAGAGCAAGGGGGCGUGCGGGGGAGGCCUGCGCUUCUCUCGCCUCUCGGGGUGGCGCACCGCAGCCUUCCUCUUCUCCCUCUUCCUCUGCCUCACCAUCGUCUUCGCCUUCUCCUUCAUCCUGCCCUGCCCCACGCGCCCAGACUACUUGCAGACCUGGAACCGCACUUUACAUGCCGCAGCCACGUACGAUUUCCUGGCAAUAGAAUAUAUUGACGAAGACAAGGUCAAAGAUGUCCUCUUCACCUACAAGAGCAAUAAGGGGAGUGAGGAGAACAAGACCUGUGAAUCAGAAGGCUUGUCCUCCCCCUGUGUGUUUGUGCUUGCGGUGGAUGGAACGCACGGGAACAACAUUUGGGAGCUGCCCCUGAACUAUGACCUGCUGUGGGCCCAAUGUGGACUUGGUGUAGCGGGAGUGGAGGGAAAGGGCACGUGUCUCUUUGCCCAUACCAAUACACUCACUGCCAUCUCAUACACAGGUAACGUGCUGUGGCAGCAGAGUUCGUCUCCAGGUGUGGGAGCUGCGCUGCCCGUACUGAGCGUCCCAGACCUGAACGGAGACGGCACAGAGGACCUCGCUCUCAUCCUGCCCCAACAGAAUCAGAUGAAGCUGGUGUUCCUCUCGGGGAAGACUGGAGUGACGUUAGGCUCUGAGGUGGAGGUGUGUGGAGAGGUCUCCUCCUCUCACAUGUUGCACCAGACGGCCAAGAAGGCGCAGUACCUCCUCCUGCAGACAGGCUCUGGGUUGAUUGCUGAGGGUUUAUGGAAUCUUGUUGCGAAAGCCGGCCUCCAGAAAGAGGUGAAAAAAGAUGCAGCGUGGGAGAAGAGGAGGAACGGGACGGGACCAAUCAUGAUCUACCCCUCUCGCUCUCUGCAGCGUGUGUCCAGUGUGUCGUUGGGCGGUGGGGUUCCCCCCUUGCUGCUGAUGACGGGCCCCAGUCCCAGUGCUGCCGAGGGGGAGCAGGAUACCAGCCAGCCUGGCGGAGUCAGCAUCAUGGAGCUGCUGGACGGCCAGAGCCUCACCUCACGCUGGAGAGCCAACACCACUAAACUGCUCAGCCAGCCAACAUUUGGAUUUUUCAAUAAAGACGACAUUCCUGAUGUGGUGAUGGAAGAGGACACGGGGAAUGGGACCAAGAGGGUGGUGGUGUUGGAUGGGAACUCGGGGCUGGAGUUGUGGUCGGUGACCUUACAGCAUGUGCCCCAUGCGCCUGCUCCUGCCUCCAUCGUCACCCUGCAUUCCUACUCCGUCUUCAUGUUGUGGGGAGAGAUGCUGGGCAACCAAACGGAGUCCGGGACAGAUAAGCACUUCUCUAAUCUCCUGUAUCCGUACUACGCUGAUGUACUGCUGCAGAAGACGAUCCCAGUGGAGCAAAUCAUUGCAUGUGAAGUGACCCUGUUGGAGCGCGGUCGUCACGCCGCCUACCUGGUGCUGACGGGGCCUCAUGCCAGCGAGGGGGCGGAGCCAGAGGCGGCGGGGUCCGUGGUCCUCACCAAGCGCAAGCUGAAGGGCGACAUCACCGACAGCCUGGUGCUGGGCGUCAGGGGAACAGUCGCCCCGGACAACGCAGAGAGCAUCAAGGAAGCCUUCCAGAGACUGCGCUUCCAAGACUAGCACGGCACCACUACACUACAACUACACUGCACGGUUUUGUGUUUUUCACUCUUUCCUAGGCUUGUGUCCCCUGGGGACCUAUACUAAGAAGCUGGUUGAGGAGUAAACCAGGUUAAGUUAAGUGGUAAAUCAUCUAAUAGAAGAGCCUGGAGUCCUCAUGUUCUUAAGAAGAUGAUUUACCUCUUAACUUGACCUGUUUUACUCCUGAACCAGCUUCUUAGUAUAGGCCCCAGGGCUUCCCACUUUGCCUGUGUUGAAGAAAUGCCUGGCUGUGGACGGGGAGGUCUCCGGACAGCUUUGGCUCUUAGGUUAGAGCUGACACCUAAGAAAUACAUUUUGCACUGUGACUGGAAGAUAAGGGACUAUUAUACCUUUACUUCUUUACCACACACACACACACACACACACACACACACACACACACACACACACACACACACACACACACACACACACACACACACACACACACACACACACACAGAGACAUGCUGACACUACAGAUAUUACUUUAACCCCAAUUCCACUUUAAGCUGCUUUAAAAAUAUCAGCUCCUUUUGUAAGUAAAAGCUAGCCACCCCAUCUGUCUCUAACCACGGCACUUGUAAGAGACUUCAGUAACUUUUUUAAAAAUGUGCAAUGGACCUGCUUUCUGUAGCAUUUGGUGUAAAUACAGUACCGUUCAGCCUUAGAGCUCUUAAAUACCUUGCAAACCAUUGAUGCUGGUCAGUAGUAAGCCUUCAACAAUCAAAAACUGAAGACAUAAGUACUACAUCCGUUCUUACUGUAUAUAUAUUACAACCCAAAAGUAAAGGAAGUCCAAUAGCUUUACUUUGGGUCGACUCAAUCAUAACAUAACUAAUCAUAACUGAAACAUGACACUCGAUUGAUUGAUUUAUUUAUUCAUACUCUCUAGAGUUUAAAGGCCUUCCAACAAGUUGAUGGGGUGUAGACCUGCUUGACUAUCAAUGCUAUGCAUGUGAUUAUGCUUUUAACCAUAGAGAUACUGACUCAACUGUUACAAUUCUGAACACUAGGGGGAAGUCUUCUCAAUGGGGAUGAUGCUGACGGUGUUUUUCUUAAUGAAUGACAUGACAUGGUGGAUAUUUACAAAGUGAAAAUGACAAACAACUACAGAAGCUGUGGUUCCACUAAGACAGAGGGAGAGACUAUAUGUGUGUGUUUGGAUUUUUAUUUUUUUUGUAGUUUUAUGGUUGGUGAGGAUGUGCAUUCUGCCUGAAUAUGAACUUGACAGAUGGAGAGCUGUCAAGUGUUAUUAACCUGCUGAAGUACGUGUGUAAAGGCUCUGGUUUUCUUUGUACACGUGACAAGCCAGGGUUUUAGUGCCUUCACUAUCGUUGCCUUAGUCCAUGUUCUGAAGGCUAUUUGCUCCACAAAGCAGGUUGCCUACUGGCCAGAGGGUUAAAUCCAUGGUUUAGUAACGAACCAUGGCAUGUUAGCUUAGCGCAAGUGGCAAACCUCCUCAUAUCACAGCCUUCUGCCUUUUUGGAUUGUGGAAUAAAGCCACAAGGCUCCUCUGUUAGUGGCUGUACCAUGGACUCGGAGUCAGCCUCCCUUCCUUAGUAUUUAAGGUUUCGUAGUGAGGAGUAAGCACACUUCAAAUCCUUUUCGUUGUUCUUGUAUUAUUAUUUCUAAUAAAAGAACAACAAAAGGGAUGUUAAGUGUGUGAACUCCUCACUCCGAAAACUAGUCCGCCUUUGUACUGCACCUUUUCCUGGGAUGUGCACAAUCUUCACCUUCAAUUCCGCUAGUAACUGAAACAUUUAUGGCUGAGGAUACUCACGUGGAGCAGGUGAUAAACCCUCUAAUACAGUGGUCUUAUGGAUUACUGUCCUAAUACAAAACAAACAUUGGCCACUGCUAUUAGGAGGUUUAUCACUUAACUAACUUGGAGAUCUAGGGCAGUCAGAAAGCUGUGCACUUUGAAUAUUUACCUGGUGGGGCCAAUAUGGGUGUGUGUGAUUCACUGUGCUGUGCCACUUUAGAGAGCGUAUUCCCGCUGUGUCCAGGGGACCAGGGGUGUGUUCCAGAGAGCAGGUUUAGUUACUUACCAGGGUACAUUACAAAAGGUAAAUCUAGUAAAUAAUACGUGUGUCCAGUGGCUUUGAUUUGAACUGAUGGAGACAAAGAAGCUGUUCACAUUUGCAGAGUUUUUACUUGUGACUUUUCGGUCUGUGACCUUCCACAAGCU